AUGUCACAACGAGUGCCACGGCCGCUGCGGUUACUCAACCAGAGCACGUUGCCCGUUGGUCCCCAUGGCGUUGUGAAAAGCCGUACAUCGCCACUUGUUGCUGCGUACAAGCCUUGCGGCUUACCCUACUUUGCCAAAUCCCAGUUGUCAGGAUGCAAUAUCCCUGAUAACGGUUCUAAUGGCAGUGUUUCGGAUUACGGUGGCAGUGCCUCGCGUCUCUUCUCCGCAUCACCGCAGUCCCUUCCCCCCGUGUCACCAGCCGAUGUGAGCGACUCGCUUCUCACACGUUUGACAGACUUACUGUCCCCGGGCUGUGGCAGGCCUCGGAUUGCGCUGCCACUCAUUCAUCCCGCACUAACACGGUACGCUUCAGCCGAUCAACUCAACUCGAUCACGGCUCAGCGAAAGGGAACCACGCUUGUUGCGUGCUGCCCCCAGGAAUUUAUGUUUCUUCGGAAUUGUCAUCGUUUGAACCUCGUGCGAUAUGUGUAUCGGGUGCUCUGCCGUCUUCCGCCAUGUGUCUCUGUCCGUGUGCGGCAAUCAAUUCAACAAGUUGAGGUGUUAAAAGAGGCAAGCGGUCGUGUGUUCAAGAAUCCAUACGUUAGACAAUUCGCAGAGGAGCGGAACAGUGGUGAAUUUGGAGGUAAUGAAAGUGGUAUAUUGCUUGGGGGAUUCCUUCCACCUUGUGCACAACCGCAACCGCUACUGUCUGGCGGGUUUUACAGCAUCCAAGACGCGUCGUUACUCCGUCAUGGCACUGUGACAGGAUACCUCAGUGCUGUGCACAUGCCGUCGGACAUGCAUUGUGCCAUUGAGCAACAGGAGCGGCUCAAAAAACUUUUUCUAGUGCCACCAACGGCGCAACUGAGUAGUGGCCCCAUCAUGACAUCGCAGUUGCAGGAGGAACGUAAUUGUAAUGUUUGCCGGCGGAUGUCGCUACAAGGAGGUGACGUUUUGGAGGCGCAUCCUUGGCUGAGUGACGAUUGUCGACUGCGUGUGUCGCUCGACGUCCGCGCUACGUGCCCGGGUAGACCCGUAUCGCAAUUAGGUGAAGAUAAGGGUCGCACAGUAAGUCGGCUUAUUGGUAAACCCUUCAGGCUAGACUUUCGUUUGGUUAAGCUUAACGAAACGUGUGAACUUGGCUUAUACGAAGUGUCUACCAAUGAUAUGUCGGAUGAGGAAAUUAAAGCUGUCUUCGCCGCGGCUAAUCUCUAUGUUGUUAACGAUUACGUGAACGACCGCUCCCUUGCGGAAGCCAUGACAAACGUCACACAGGAGCUGCACUGCGUCCCUCCUUCUAAGCUCGCAAAUCUGCCAUUGGCCGUUCAACAUUCCCUGAGGAAGGGGCCUCCAGAGGAGUUGGUUGCUGGACCUCUGCUGUUGCACUCACUCCCGGAGCACUCCAUGGACGAACCGACACAGACAGGUACUGAAGUUGCCACACAGCUGCAAAACCACGAGUCCAGGGGGUUGUAUGGAUAUCGGCAUCGGCUUCUACUGGAAGCAUUAGCCCGUGUUGACGGCGGAAGUUAUACCCGUGUCGUUCAGCUGGUUUUUGGCUCUGGGUUGGAGUGCGCGGCUGUUCAUUUUCCUGAUUCAGCGCACGAACCAACCGUGGACGGCGUGCAACAUCUUCUGCAACGCAUGGAAGGGGACGAGUUGACGGAGGCGCACCGUAGAAGCGUUGCUGACCGUCUCUUAUACACUAGUUAUGGGACAUCUUCUGACUGUGAAACGUAUUCGACUCUGCUUCUCCCACAGCAUGGGAAAGAAAAGGAGGGUAAUGUUCUAAACAAAGGAAUGGGAGCAAUUCUUCCUGGGAAGCAUGAGUUAGUGACAGCGUGGAGCAGUGGCCGCCUAACAGGGUUUCGUAGCGAAGAGGUUAGUGAAUUAGUGUGCGUUUACUGCGGGGCUAGUGGUCACGUAUGGAGUGUGUGUCCGCAGGGGCCGCCAUUGUUUCCAGGAACAGCUAAAUCGGAUGACAGUUCGUGCGAGAAAGUCAAUAACAACAAUUUAAUGUCUCUCACAGCGGCUUCACUAUCCAAUGAAUCGGCUGUGAUCACAACCUUGGACGAAGUAGUGGAUGCCAUUGCAGCAGGUAACGAUUCGCCUCACGGCGACGCCGGAAUCGUUUCAAUUCCAAAUGUUGCUCCUACUCAGGAAUUUAACCCGCAUGCGUGGCGUCGUAACGAGCAACGACCGAAACUACAUCGAAGUAGAGCACGUUGUGCGUACUGCAGUGGGAAACAUCACAUCUCUCAGUGUCCCAAGCUCCCUGGAGGCGACAGUGUGGAUGGUGAGGUGCCGUGCGAUGACCAAACUGUCCGUAUUGACCGCGAGCAGAUUCGUGCUAACGCAGAGAGUUUGUUCUGCAUUAAAUGUGGUGAGUACGGACACUUGUACACAAAGUGCACCAGAAUCCCCGAAGGGCUGCACACCGCCGUGAACUGUCCCAUUUGCCUGCUUUCACUUCGGAAGGUUCAUCAUAGUCCUUCUCAAUGCCCACGGCGCGUUACCGCACCACAAGAUUAUUCCUCUAGUGGCUUACCCAUGCGUCUCCUGCGGAAUGGUAGCGAUGGCGAACGGCAUAAGAAAAUGAGUGGUUAUGUUAAGAAGAGGGGUGGUAAGGGCUCGGCUGUUCUGCUUUCAGAUAGCUUUCUUUCACAAAAAGGGCGUUAG